ACGAUGGCGGUGUUUAUGCCCAAAUAUCGAUUAUUCUCGAAGGCGGUUAACUUGAAACCGAACUCCAGACAGUGGUCUGCGCGAUGGACUAUUGUGCAGCGAUCAAUAUAUGGUAGUAGACAGCUUCAGCAGCAGCAGCAGCCGAAUUCAUCCUCCACAAAUCACCACCACCACCACCAGCAGCAGCAUCAGCAGCAGCACCAUCAGCAACAGUUCCACCAUCAGUCGACGACAGGUAAAUCCCGUAGCAAAGUUUACAGAAAGUGGAGUUGGAAGGCCGGUGCAGGUUGGACUAUAUUAUCGGUUUUGGAUUGGUGGUUACUAGCGGCGGGAGGUUGGCUGACUUGGCGCGGUGUAUUUCUUCGUUGGACACCCAUCGGUAUCUGCAUGGUGGUGGCAGCAAAGUGGCACCUUCACAAUCGUGAACUCGAUAAGAAGGGCCUACCGCGAACCGCCGCAAAAUGGCAGGCGAAAAUGUACUGCUCGCUGCCACUGCGCCUUAUGAGCCGUUGCUGGGGUUGGAUGGCCGAUCGAAAGGUUCCAAAACCGGUGCGUCCCAUGAUUUUCGGACUCUACUCGACCACGUUCGGAGUGAAGAUGGAGGAAGCCGCUGCCGAUAACUUCAAAGAGUACCGUAGUUUAGGAGAGUUUUUCACCCGUCCUCUUAAAGAAGAUGCCCGGCCUAUCGAUCCAAAAACUAGCUUUGUGUCACCCUGUGAUGGACGAAUUCUUCACUUUGGUGCUGCCAACUCAAAUCAAAUUGAGCAGGUUAAAGGAGUGUCCUACAGCUUGGAAGCUUUUCUAGGCCCUCCGACGUGGACGAAAAAGGACGCCCCGGAGAUGGUGGAAAAGGUGAAGCGAAAAGCCUCUCCCGACAGUGUACUGUAUCAGUGCGUUAUCUACCUAGCACCGGGUGACUACCAUCGGUUCCAUUCGCCAACGCUAUGGAAACCGGAACUGCGAAGACACUUUUCCGGUGAGCUGCUAUCGGUUAGUCCGAAGAUUGCUGGCUGGAUUCCGGGGCUGUUUUGCCUCAACGAAAGAGCCGUCUACAUUGGCAAGUGGAAACACGGAUUCUUCAGCUACACCGCUGUGGGAGCUACUAAUGUCGGUUCGGUGGAGAUCUUUAUGGACGAAAAGCUGAAAACCAACAAAUGGGUAGGAUUAGCGUGCGGUAGUCACAAAAAGAAGGAGUACGAUGAGUUGGAAAUGCCUGGUGAUAAGUACCUGGACAAGGGUGAACUGGUCGGUCAGUUCCGGAUGGGCAGUACCAUUGUGUUAAUCUUCGAAGCGCCUAAAGAAUUUAAGUUCAAUCUUUUCCCUGGCCAGCGAGUAAAAGUCGGCGAACGGUUAGGAACGUUCGAGGGCACGGAAGAAACGGCGGAAGAUGCGGAGGAAGUGAAGCGGGCGAUCAAAUCCUUGGACGAACCAGAACCGGUAACAAAUCCGUGAAAAGUAUUCAGCGAC